CUCUCUGCUGCCUCUUGCUCUCAUGCAUUAAACCAUUGGAUGCUUCCAGCUCUCGGAACCUCUGCCACUCCAAGUCCUUUCUGGGGACACUGCAAGAAAAGAGAGACAAAGCUUACUGCUGUCCAACAGCUCCACUAAGAGCCCAGGCACUUCCCACGCGAGCUGACAGCAGAGAUGAUGCACUGCAGCUGCGUGUCUUGAGGAACCCUGGGGUUUACUGGGAGCCAUGGGAAGGAAUGUGGUGGGACUCGGAGGUCACUGGGGGAAGGGAGUUUGUGAUACUGGGAGAAACAGGGAAGUCACUGGGGCCACACUGGGAGCACGGGGCAGUGUUCCUUUAAUUGUAAAGUGGAGAGUUUUCUCCUGGCAAUGGGCUAGUGUGUGAACCAUAGGUUUGGAGCUACCAGUAAUAGAAAGUAGCAAGUGCUUUCCAAGCACUGCUGGAGCAUUCUGGUAUUUCUAAUUGACAGCCUGUCUUGCUUUCCAGAGAAUAAGGAAUUCCAAGACAAGGAGUCAGGUUUUGAAGGACAUAUACUUUAAUCUUAGUACUCUGGUUUGAAACACUGAAUGAUGGAACAGGGGUUUUUGCUUUUCUCUGCUGAGGCCCUCAUUCCUCCUGAUCAAGAGAAGCAUGCUGCAAACUGGAAACAAAAUGGAGCCCAAAUUCUGUGCCUACUAAAAGCAAAUGCAUGAGCAGUGCGAAAGUGAACAUCCAUGUUAAAACACCAAAAAGGGAAACACUGCCAUUCACAUGCACCCACCCAACGCUCCCCACUUCAGCACACACCACCAGAGUGAAACGGACUAAACCCUUGCACGUCGUGCCCUGCUUUUGCUGAUACACUCUCCCCUUGCUCUCCUCCUCCAGACCCCAUGCCUGAGGUCCAGCUCCAGCCUGCACCAUGCCUGUCUGAGGAGGGGAGCGCCCGAGGGGCCGAGGCAGCUCCCGUACCACACGCUCCUCAGAGCAGGGCAUUCCCCACCCGUGGCCAUGGACUCUCCUGCUCCGCCUUCCCAAGUUGCUACAUUCUGGGGCAGCGAUGGCCGUGCCCUAAAUUAGCGCCCUGAGGCAGCAGUCCCCGUCUGUCAGGGAGCUAAGGCGCGGCCGGCGUGACAUGGAGGCUGAGAAGGCUGCAGCGGUGGCAGCGAAGGCAGCCCUGCGGACCCCCAAGUGCUCCCGCUGCAGGAACCAUGGUUUCGUGGUGCCGGUGAAGGGCCACGCCGGGCACUGCCGCUGGAAGCUGUGCCGGUGUGACAAGUGCUCCCUCAUCUCCGAACGCCAGAAGAUCAUGGCAGCCCAGAAGGCCCUGAGGGAGCUGCUGCCGGACCCCCCGGCUGACGGAGAGCCCACUCCUAUGGGUGAAGGCCCUGAGGUGGCAGCUGGGGUGGCCAGUGGCCGCGAACAGAGUGUCCGCGGGGGAAUAAGGGGCACCCAGCCCACCAGCAGCAAAGGCAGAGGCAGAGGCAUGGCAUGCAGGGGAUCGCCACUACCACCUCCUGGCAGUCCUCCCUUCUGGGACUACGAAUACAUGGUCAGCCCAGAAUACCUGGAGAAAGAGCAUCCUAAAGUGUACCCUGGGUACUCUGGGAUAUAUUCUUAUCACCCAUUUCCCAUGGGAUUUGCCAUCAAUGAGUCACCUCCAGGGAUGUCACUUCAGAGAGGUUUCCGACACGUUCCUGGCAGCACUGGGCCAGGGAAUGCAGCUUCUGUGUCGAUUCCAAAUGAAAGUGGAGAUUUCGAGCAAGGCUGCUAUGCUCCUCUGCCUCAGUUCAUUCCACCAGGGCUUCUGCCAGGGAUUCAUUACAUCCCACCCCCUCUUUCACUGAACGUUGUGGCUGAAACAAGCAAGGAGGUACAUGCUACUGAAGCUGACAGUCAGCAUUCAGGAGUGGUUAGUGAACCUGGCCAACCAUCUUCUUCCCCAGAAGAGACGAGCGAAGCCCAACCUGUAUAUUCUGAACAGUGAAUGGGCCGGAGAAGAGCUGAGUGGCAGGCUGCACUGUUUUAAUCACUGAGGAGAGUGUUACUUACCAAUGAGCAGUCACAACAGCUAGAUGAAUAGGAGUACCUGCCUUGCUCUAUGUACAGCUACGAGGCUCCCAGCUCUGCCACUCUAGCUCUAUAGAACCCUUGUUCCUAAAAGUUUUUUCAUAGUCUUGACAAAUCCCUUUCCCCGUUAAGGGGGUGGAAGCAGCAGAUGAUUAUGAUUGAAUUUGUUUGCCUGUGAUUAGAUGGCUCCCUGACUUGGCCGUGAGGUCUCUGAGACAUUCUAUAGCAUUGUUCAUUUUGAAUGCCCUUGCUGUUUUUCACACAUGUCAAUGUCGUUUAACUCAGUACAGGUGAAAUUGAACAGCCCUGUUUGUGUCUAGAGGGCUUGCAUCAAAGGCUUGUAGAAACUGCUUAGGAAACUAGGACAAAACAUCAUUUAGCAUAAUAGUCCAAUCCAUACAUCUUAAGAUUGCCAAUGGGAAUGUUUAAUUACAAAUGAAAGCUGCAUUUCUCUACUGUUUUGCCUAGAGGAACUGGUUUUGUAUCAAGUGUAUCAGUUGUUAAUGUUUUAAUAAUUGGGGGGGGGGGAGAGUUUUGUAUAAUUAAAAGAGAUACAUUAAA